CCAGUCAGUUGCAGUUGGUCGAUCGGAGCGAGCGGACGUUUUAGCGCGAGAAUCGAGAAGAAGAAUUCAUGAUCUAGGGCCUGCGAGGACUGAAGAAUUUACGAACCUGAACAAUCGCGAUCGCGAGUGCGUGGUUAGUGUGCGUUUGCAAGAGAUGUGCCGCGUUUGAUUAUAUUGUCAGAGGUCCAGGGCAUCGAAGGUCACCACAUCCAAUGGCCGGUAGACGCCACCUGCUGCUGAUCCUGCUGCUGAUCAUGCAGUUGAUCGCCACCACGCCGGCGUCGCGCAGCCUCAGCGUUAAUGGCAACAACAUUUGGCGGCGGGUGCGCCUGGUGACCAGCCAGGAAUCGGAUCGCAACGCCUACCAGGUGCUUAAGCCGAGUAGCCGUAAUGCCACCAGCACCACCACUACUACCAGCACGACUACAAGUACUACAAGUAGCACCACUAGUACCACUACUCCGGCAGCUCCUCAGACCCAGCGAUCUGCCAAACAAUUGGAUCUCAAUUUUCCGGGUGGCAAUGUCUCCAGUGCUGCCCGUCUCGAAAUGUCGACGGAAUUCUUUGUGGUACCCACACUAUCGGCCAGCAGUUCUAGCAGCACCACGUCCACCACCACACCAGCCACGCCCCGUCGGAGUUCAGGGGCGAAGGCGCGAGCAGCCGGCACCACUGGACGGGUGACUCCCGGGAGCAGCUCCAACAGCACACCGCCCAGUAUAGUGUCCACCCACUUGCCCUUCGCGGGACUACGCAAGGAGCCGUGGGUGGUGCCGGUGCUAGUCCUGGCCACCCUCACCAUGCUCAUGAUGGCAGCGUUCGAGAUCUUUGUGCUCUUCAAGGCCUGGCGGACGUCCCCGUCGCGUAGGCACCUCUUUCUGGGCCAGAUGCUGCUUCUCGGUCUGUUCGCCUGCGCUAGUUUGGGGGCCAUCAUCACCGCACAGCCCUCGUUGAUCAGUUGCGGGGCCAUCCGCUUCGGAGUGGGCGUGGCCUACGCCCUGGUCUUUGCCGCCCUGCUGGUCAAAUGCGUAUUUCUGAUUAGUCUAAAUGGAGGGGUGUAUCUGCCGGCUCCAUACCAGGGAUUGCUGCUCCUCUUUGCGCUGCUCAUCCAGGUAGCGAUCGGAGGGCAGUGGCUGCUCACCCAACCACCGGAGGUAUACACCACCAGUGUGCCUGUGAUGGGCAGUGGCUUCCUUAGCACCACGGUGGCCUCACAGACCAACUACUCGGCACUGUUUUACCCCACGUCCUACACAACGCUGGACGGGACUCCGGAGAUCUACACCCGGAUAGCGGCGGUUAGCACCGUACUAAUACCGCUCUGCAAGACGCAGUUCUCGGAGCUGCUCUUCUCGCUGAUCUACAUUGUCUUUCUGAUCGUCUUCAUCGCCGUGCUAGCCAUCAAGUCGCGCGGCAUCAGGGACAACUACCGUGAGGCCACCUACAUUGGGCUGGCCAUCGGAGGAGCCAUCCCCAUCUGGCUGGGAUGGAUGCUAUGCGGCCUGGCCGUGGCCGAGCGGCACAAGGACGCUUGCGUGGCCUUCGGUCUGGUAGCCACAUCCGCCACGGUCUUCUUGGUGAUGUUCAUGCCCAAGGGCAGGCAACUGGCGGCCAUGGGCAAGGAGGGCCUGUACGUGGAGGACCGCGAGGAGCAGUUCAGUUCCCUGAGUCGCGCCGGUUCCGGCUACUCGCCCUCGUUCUUCCACUUCAAGCCCAUCAAGUACGGCGUGAUGAGCGGCUGCGGACUGCCCAACUCUGCAUCCAACACGGGCCAGGGACUCAGCUCCAAACACUGCUCCAGUGCCAACAAUGGAGGUGGCAUGUUUAUACGACCAGACGAAACGAAUCUUUACACCACGCUGGAGCCCACGUUGAGCAGCAAUCCGAAUGUGUACUUCCAGCGCAGCGGGGCCGUCCAUCCCGGCAUCCUGUACUGAGUAAUCCCGAGGAGAUCCCAAGGAGUGCCGAGCAUCGAGAACACUGGAACUGAGUAUUUUUUCUUAACUUUAAGGUACGGCUCCCAAGGAGCAGCAAUAAGAAAAUGAUAUUCCACGAUCAUUUCACAUAGUGUAAUAUUUUUGUCAUAACUGCUAAGAUCUUUGCAUCUAAGUUUAGUAGACUAAGGAUGGCCCCACCUGACCCUGGGAAUUUUGAUAUAUUCCUAUCGGUCGGUCAGAGGGUUCGUGGAAGUUCGUGGAUCUGCAGAAAGCAAGACCUACAUAUAGUUUAGCAAUAUCGACCAUCUACACUGGUUACAUUUUACACACUCGCUGUAGCAACGAUUCUAUCAAAUAAGUCCUUGAAGGCCUUGCGAUUCUUAAAUAAUUAUACCGAGUUAUUUCUGGCUUGUGAUUUAUUAAAGUAAAUUGUCCCUCAAAAGUUUUGAUAGCAUUCAAACAGCUCUACUGCUCUGAAAUAACUCAAGAACGCAGGGGCAAACCAUGUGGAUGAAAUAACUUGGCUCGAAUUUGCGUUAAGAGCUUUCAGCUCAAUUGUAAAGGCAGUGAGAAGUCCCUGGAAUCCACCUGACGCUCGUCGAGUAUAUUUGUACAGAUGUUUUGCCCCUGUGAACACACAUACUCCAGUAAGUAAUAGUAAUAGGCUUAAUACCCAUUUGACUAGCCAAGUAAAGCGAUCGCCUAAGCAAACACGAAAUGUUGUACAUACUGCAAUGGCCCCGAGCCACACACACACACACUCGGUGAGCAAGCCAAUCUCAAUAAAAGAAAAGAAGCCGAAUAACAACUCUCGAUUGCCGCACAGGAACAUCAGCAAUGAUGAUUACAAUUAACUAUAAUUGCAAAUUAUUCGCAUAACAAUGCCUAUUAACGCCUGCUUGUCCCACAGAGGGGUCUCUUCAGGAGGAGGACUCGAUAGGAUGGGAUGGUAAGGAAUAGGAUGGGAUGGGAUGGGAUCCAAGUGCGGGGAGGAUUAUUGGAUGCCGACGCGGCGCUACAUGUUUCAAAUAAUUUGUUAACGCCUUUCAGCCGGCGAUUGGUUUGGGUGCAGCUCGUCCGGAGCUGUAUUGGACAGCGGCUGUAUUGGAAUAGAUAAACGUUCGACGAUUAUCGUCUGGUUCUAAGUGCUCCAUGGAGCACUUCCCAUUGCAAGACGCGACGACGCCUCUGAGGACUUGACCCCAUAUAUGGCGUGAGGCGGUCAAGGGACUACCACUACCACUACCACCACCACUUCCACUUCUACUGACCAAGUCGAGUGCAUGCUGAGGGCGUGUUCGCCAGGAGGAUGCGAGGUGGAAGGAGCGCCUCCACUCCAUCCCCACAUUAAUUAAGUUCAACAAUGCGGUGCGGAUGGAGUGGCCAGGACGGAGUGGGCCAUGGCCAGCCAACAUUCCCGUCCACAUCUCCAGGCAGUCACAUCGUUCGCUCGUAUUAAUGACAUUUCUCACGAACAUUUUACCAGGGCAGUCAACACAAGGAGCUCUUGUCCAGCCGAAGGCACUGAGAUAAAUGCCUGGGCAACUUCACUUAUCCGCAAAGGGAUGCCAUUGGUGUGCUUUCAAUCACACUUUAUGGCAAUCAAAAGAUCUAAAUCCAAUUACGUUGCAAUCGUGUUUUCUGAUUAAUUAUGUUCGAAUAGAGUGAAAUCAUACUAUAUUGAUAGAUAUGUAACAUUAUAUAUAUAACAUAUAUAACAUAUAUAUAUUCCUGAUCAGUCGAGUCGAUAUUUUCAAGCAAGUAGUACAAAUGUUCUCAUUUGUUAUGGUUUUAAUUUAAUCAAAAUCGGAUGACUAGUCAUGUAGUUUUCAUAGAAACAGUCGGCAAAUUUAUUAAAUAUAAUACGAAAGAAAUAACAAUUUUGUAUCAAUUACUUAUUUUUUUAAGAAGAAUAAUUGAGGCAAAUCAGCUUCGGCUUGCCGUGGUUUGUAUACUUUCCUGUUUAACACAAUACAACAUUUAUUCUUAUUGAAUUACAUAAAAAUUAUACCCCUUUUUGUAAGCAUGAAAGAAAAAACUUUAGAAAUACUUUUUUCCAGCUUAAAAAUUAAAAAUUAAAAUAAUACAUACUUUUUCCAAGCUGAUGAGCUCUGUGAGUUUUAGACAUGCGGUUUGGACAGUGCACCCGCAGUCCGAUGACAGAAUCCCAGAAUCUGCUUCUCUCUUUGCAGCCGCCUGGCUUCAAUUAGGCGCGCCUUCAAAUCACAAGUCAAUCAAAGUUGUUAGAUUCGCCAUCCUCGUCGUCAUCGUCAUAGUCGUAGUCAGGGAGUCAUAGUCGUGGUCGGCUGGACUCGGACAUCGUGGUCCCGUCGCCUCACUGGUUGACAUCUCCUGACAUGGCACACAAUGUUGCAGGACCCAAACUGGGCAGCGGGACUGGGUUGUCAGGAAUCGGGAGUCGGGAGACGGGAUGCUGGAGCCCGGAGGCGGCAGCAUCAAUUACAACAUCCAUGACAAGCACAGCGUGAAAUGUUUGUACAUUUCUUGGCGGCGCUUCCGAGGGGACCAAUUAGCCCUAAGUGGGCAUUUCAAAUGGACUCUGGCAAUUAGCCAAAAUCGAAGCCAACAAUUUCAUCAUGGCUCAACCAGCGCCCUUUCUCGUCCACAUUGCUCAGGUCAGGCCCAUCAUCAUCGACAUCGCCACUAUCAUUAUCAUUAUCGAUCGUUAUCGAUCUGUCCAUCACAGCAAUUUAUUUGAUCAAUUCAUUGCCUAUGUCCGCUACCCAUGCCUACACCUACAUCCAUUCCUCUGGUCCUGCUCUUCUAUUUCCAUCCCAUUUUAUGGCCAUCCCUUACUCCCAGGGGCGUACCUCCCGACGUGCUAAUAGCGAUUUGGUAACGCUUUAUGGCAUAAUGUGUAUUAGGCAGCCAACACGAUGGCCAUCUAAUGCGGCUGCAGGCGAGCGAACAGAAUCCGCUGGAGAUGGACUUGGGAAAGCGAUGAUACCUGACGGACACUUGACACAAGCU